AUGCUUACGGAGCGUCGCCGCCUCCGCCGUAACCCUACCACCACCCCUUCUCUUAUGAAGAAAUAUGUACCCUAUGGAUUGGGGAUUUACCCUAUUGGGCUGACGAAUCCUACCUUCAUUCCUGGUUUGCUGUCGCCAAUGAGAUUUGUGGAGUUCGCUUCACAUUCAACAGCAGGAAGGGUUCUAAAAUCAUAUGCUGGCACUGAACAUUCCAUCUUCGUAGGCGAUUUAGCACCAGAUGUUACCGAUUAUUUACUGCAAGAAACCUUUUACACUCAAUAUCUAUCUCUAAGAGACACCAAAGUCAUCACAGAUCCCAACGCAGGACGCUCAAAAGGAUACGAUUUUGUUAAAUUGCAGACAAAAUGGAAAGAAAUCGUGCCAUGA